UCGGACCCCGCUUCAUCACUGCCUCUCCCAUCGUCCUCGAAUCUUCACUUCCUCACCUUUCCCCUUCGACCGUGCUCAUACCAUGCCCAAGGAUCCUGGUGAACACAGUCCCCACCAGCUGCGGGUCUCUACCUCCCCGUUAACCAGGGAGCCUCCCGCCACCCCAAGGGCAAAACCCCCCGACCUUCAGCCAUUCACCAACCUCACCUCUAACCCCCUCCCGACCCAUCGACCUCGACAUGGAAAUCUCAAAUCCAACUGAUUCGCACCAGGAAUUCCCUACGGCCCCAUUUUCGCCUGUCAAUAUGGACGAAGACUCUCAAAUCGGGGUUCUUUUCUCCCCAAUCUACAUAUCUUCCUCUGAUUCUUUUGACCAGCAGAACAACAUCGUCACUUCCUCUCUCCACUCCAUCGCAGACUGGCUGGAAUCUGUCAAAUGGAUGCUGUCUUCGGACGCAACCCCUUGGAUGCUGCUACCCUGAACUCGGACUCCCUUGCCAGCGCAGCAACCCGGGUCAUUCGAUAUUUCAAUGCCGGAAUCGCCGGCAGGGCCCCGAGCUCCAGGCCCCGCCUGCACAGCCUCCCCGGUCUACCAACCCUCAGCAGCCGUCUCUUCCAGUCACGCGGCCCUCUUCAGGCUCGAAUGCCCGCUCUGUCACACCUGGCGGCAUGUCCUACGCGAGGGCUGUUUCGCGCUCGUCCCAAGCCCCUUCCAACAGCUACACC